CAGGUACUCCGCGAGCGAACUCACUAUCGCCGUACCAUAUUUGCACGAAUUUUCCCUUUCUUACUAUCAGGUGGGACUUCGAGUUCGCUUUCUCAUGAUCACUUCACGCCUUAUCCGUCCCAUACUCUCUACCACCGCCGCGUUUGCUACGUUCAUCCGUCCUGCAAAUACCCCGCAUUUGGGAAUCUCGUCGCGUAUACCGGACUUCGCGCAGCAGCCCGUGAGAAAGAUGCAUGUCUUGAGUAUUCCAAUGUGGGUUGGCUCGUCCAACAACUAUGCGUACUUGGUCAGCGAUGAUGAAACCAAGGAUGCUGUGAUCAUCGAUCCAGCAAAUCCUCCAGAAGUCCUUCCUGUUCUCGAGGAGAAAUCCAAGUCCCUGAACCUUACCGCGAUCAUGAAUACACACCAUCAUUGGGACCAUGCGGGAGGAAACAAAAAGAUGCUAUCCGCAUUGCCUUCCCAAAUACCCGUGAUCGGAGGCAAGGACUGUGAAGCCGUCACAAAGACCCCAUCGCAUGGGUCGACAUUCUCGAUAGGCAAGAAUAUCCAAGUGACCGCCCUACACACGCCCUGCCACACGCAGGAUAGUAUUUGCUGGUUCAUGGAGGACAAGUCCACCAACGAACGAGUCGUCUUCACGGGGGACACUUUGUUCAUCGGCGGCUGCGGUAAAUUCUUCGAGGGCAAUGGAACAGAGAUGAACAAAGCCCUCAACGAGAUCUUGGGGUCAUUGCCGGACGACACAAAGGUCUACCCAGGGCACGAAUACACCAAAUCCAACGUUAAGUUCUUGACAAAAGUCGACGGGAAUAACGAGGCGGUGAAAAAGCUGGAGAAGUUUGCGGACGAAAAUAGGGAAACGCAGGGCAAGUUUACCAUUGGCCAGGAAAAGGAAUAUAAUGUGUUUAUGCGAGUGACGACGGAGGAGAUGAAGAAGGCCACCGGUAAGACGGACCCCAGCGAGGUGAUGGCUCAAUUGAGGGAGAUGAAGAAUAAGAGCUAGUGGAUGAGGAUAGUUAUGUGUAAAAAUGAAUCCCAAAAGGGCAGAGUGACAUGUAAAAGACAUGGCCAUUGGGUUUGACGCGCCCUUUGGGACUGAUGUGGAAAAAAUACUCUACUACGUCCACCGAUAUUGAACAUAACUCUAGUACCACAUGCGAACCCAAUGUUCUUUUAGAUACCUAUACAAGUCUAGUCAGUCAAAGGGCG